AUGGGCAGAAAGUCCCCAAACCAUAUCUUUUCUAUAAAAGACAGGCGUACCAUAUCGCCGACACACUACGCUGUUAACAAGGCUUUAGAUCGGCUGCGGCUUCGACAUAACAGCAGCGGAAGUGAUACCAGCCGAUACGCUAUGAAUUCAAACCAAGACUCAAAGUCGUUUGCGGAGAAAGUAGGCGACCAUGCCCGCGGCAAGACGAUUGCGGGAGACCACAAUACCGAAGAUGGGACAAUUACGAUUGCGGAUUCGGUGCAUGUACUGUUCAAUGCUCUCCGCUUCCUAGCAAUACCAGAAAUCCAAGAUAGAAUCCAGGGCAUUAAAAGGGCCACUGCAUCUGAACUCGACAGAGUGGAUGAAAUAGAAAAGCUCAAUAACACGGUCGAUACAAUUACUGCUGUCAAAAAUAAGAAAAUUGAAGAAAUCAAACAAGAUAAGGACAAGGUGAUCCUGAAGCUUGAAGCAGAAAACAAGAAACUGAAAGAACAGGAGCAAUCAGUUGCAAAGGAGAAGGAGGCCGUCGUCAAGGAGAAGACUAAGCUGGAACGAGAUCGCCAAGCUGCAGAAAAGGAGUAUCGCGAAAAGGAGGCUAAACUCAAGAAGCAACAGGAAGAGGCCCUCAAAAAGGAGAAGAAAAAAGUCAAGGAACAAUACGAGGGAGAAGUGAAGGCUGCGAAGAGCCGUGUUGAGUCGGAGAAACGGAAGCUGGAAAAGGAGAAGGAUGAUGCCGUCAGAUUGAAUAGGGAGUUCAACACCGAAGUGAACAGGUUGACUGUCUAUCGAGACACCUUGGAGGAGAGGAACGAAGGACUGAAAGAGGACGUGGCCUCGCUCCGGGAGAAAUUGCGCACGCUGAGCGCUGAAAUGGCGGUUUCUGCAACGCCGUUUGUUGAGUAUAAAAAAUCCGUCCAAAAUUUGUACCAGCUUAUUGAGGCUUUCGCCACGAGGUUUGAGAAUGUCCCUCAGGAGGUUGAAUUGGUCCUUGAACCACUGGGAACCUUAGGCAAACUUAGACAAGCGAGUGGUAUAUUCGAUUAUACCUCCUCUUCCCGUACUGCUGUGGCCACAUCUUUGCGAAAGGCUGGCGUGCAGAACUUUAUCUCGGGACAGCUGGAUGCAAUAUUUAAGAACAAGUUGCUUGUCGGUUGCAGCACGAACAGUGACAAACAUGACGAGGCCAUCUUGAAUGCGAUAUCUGCCGCCUUGAGCCCGGAUGAGGAAAAAGUAUGGAGAGGAAUAACCGUCAGGGCACUCAACAGGUUGCCCCAGUUUUCUGAUAUCAAGAAGAUCAUCGCGCAAUUGGUGGAAGCAGGGGCUGGCAUGCUGGAACCGCUUAUCGGCAAGGAUGAACAAACGAACACCGAUGUUCGAGAGCAGUUUGCCGAAAUUAUCAACGCCGCGCUGAAGAUCUGGUCCCUGCGACGUAAUGAUCGAUGCACGAUAACAUUCAACAGAGCGCCCGGUCUGAAGGUGGACGAUUCGUGGAAAGAAUGGACGGUUGACGAGGGUUCAAUGCUACCAGGCUUCUCAUUUCCCAGCAACGGGACCAACAGAACUAUUGGCAAUGGAAACGGAAGUGGCAGCGGCAGUAACGGGCCCCAAAGCCCAACCUACAGCACGCUCCAAUCAUCAGUAAUCAACCGAAGAGCCGAAUCAUACGUGAUAUUGCCACAAAUCAUCGGGGAAUUCGACACUGAGGACGAAGGCAGCGACAAAGAUAGCAAGCCAAAACCUCGAAGAAGAAUGAUAUUGCAUCCCGGCAUCGCUCUGUUCUCCGACUCGACCUUGUUCGACAAGGGUCUGCAGGAUAUGCGGAGCUUAAAGAGUGACGUUCUCGGUCUCCAUCACAGGCGGCGGGUGUCGUCUCUUUCUGCGUCAACAACGUUCCCGAACAAUUCAGGUACCGAUCAUAUUCUUCGCCCCUCUUACGUUUUCUAA